AUGCUCACCUUCCGAAAAGCGUUGUUCGCCGCCAUCCUCUUGAUUGCCUUCGUCGCCCUCCUUCGCUCAUCGCAUUCCUCUGCUUCACCCUCCUCGUCGCUUCCUAUAUCAGUGCCCGAAGACAACAGUCAUGAGAGUAGCCUCGUAACGGAAGAGCAGCCCCUCGGACAGAAAAAGGAGAAUGUUCAACAGCCACUCCAGCCGCCUCCCAACGCUCCCUUACUCGACCGGCUGCGAUACCACUUCCCCUACGACCUGGAUAGCAAGUUCCCCGCGUAUAUCUGGCAAACAUGGAAGUAUGCGCCCGGGUCGAUAUGGUUCACCCCUGAGCUACGUGCUCCAGAAGCAAGCUGGACCGAGCUCCACCCUGAUUUUGUGCACGAGGUUAUACCAGAUGACACCCAGCGGUAUCUGAUCAAAUACUUGUAUGGGUCACUUCCCGAUGUAUUCGAGGCCUAUGAUUCGCUGCCUUUGCCUGUCCUGCAGGCCGACUUCUUCAGAUACCUGAUCCUCCUCGCCCGCGGCGGAAUUUACAGCGACAUCGAUACAACGGCCUUGAAGCCGGCCCCGGAAUGGUUGCCCGCAGAGUUUGAUACCUCGACCGUCGGGCUUGUUGUUGGCAUCGAGGCCGACCCUGAUCGUCCUGACUGGCAUGACUGGUAUUCGCGGAGAGUUCAGCUUUGCCAAUGGACCAUCCAAGCCAAGCCAGGACAUCCGGUCCUCCGUGACAUUGUGGCGUACAUUACGGGUGAGGCUCUACGAAUGAAGAAGGCAGGGAUCCUCAAGUUGCACAAGAUGGAUAAGACGAUCGUGGAGUUUACGGGACCCGGUGCCUGGACAGACGCCAUAUUCAGAUACUUCAAUAACCCGGAGUAUUUCAACAUCGAGCCAGGGUCUACCCGUAAUGUCACCUACGAGGACUUCACCAACCAAGUAGGGUAUAAAAAGGUUGGAGAUGUGGUCGUUUUGCCCAUCACCAGCUUCAGUCCCGGUGUGCAACAGAUGGGUGCUCAGGAUGAGGAUGAUCCGAUGGCGUUUGUUAAACACGACUUCGGAGGAACAUGGAAAUCCGAUCCUUCGCUGUAA